UUAGAGAAAAGAGUCCUAAGGCCUUUUCAAUUUCAUUUACAGGUACGUGCAGAAAACACUGUCGGAGAAAGUCAAUUUGGCCCUGAAGCAGUGUUUAAAACUUUUGGACUGCCUCCAUCCAAAUCACCGGAAAUUCGUUCUUUAAUAAAUUCAACUUCGGCAGAUUGUGUAGAAUUGGAAUGGCAACAACCGGUUAUUGAGGAGGAUGGUGAGGCUACGAGUGAUUCGAUACUUGGCUAUAGGAUUAUUACAAAAUGUCCUGUCGACAAAAUGUCCAUUCGACAAAAUGUCUAUUAGACAAAAUGGGUCAGAAAAUCACAGGGGCAUAAAAUCAUAA